AUGACCCACUCCGUCUCUGAUUCCACGGUUUCACCGACGCCCUUCAGUCCUUUCUCGUCGUACUCGGAGGUUAGUGGGGUCACGUCCGACGAUGCACCAGAUCUCGGUGCCUUCACAACUGUAUUCCGUGCACUCACGACCUUACAGCCACGCAAUGCACCUCCAUUGCUCAACGAUGUAAACACUGGAACACCUAUUUCGCCUCUCGCUUUCUCGCCCACCGAAGACGACUCCGAGGCCCCGUCGGCCUCCACCGCAUGGUCUCGCCACCCAGUCAACGAAUACCUAUCUUAUUCCUCACCAGACAGUCCUCGUCGCGGACGCUCGCCCUUACGGUCUGACUCCGAAUCCACGGCAUCUGACCUGGACCGGACAGACCUACUCCGAGCAGAAGCGGAACCAUCCCUAGGAGACCUAGACGAGGCGCUCGGUUUCCUCGCUGCUGAACGUGCGCGCCUGUUUGCGCAGCGCGAGAAGGGAUUGAGGACGACUGGAAACACUAGUUCCACUACGACGACGUCGGACAGCAUUUUCCGACACCGGCGCCGCAAGAGAAAUCGGUCCGAGGGAGCCUCUCUGACGACGACGACGGCAGGAGUUGACGAUGUCGCGUAUGCGUCGUCCUCAUCCGUCGAUGCCACAUCCUCCCCGUCAGCUGCCAUACGGAUCGCAGCCACCCCGGCGCGGACCAGGCCAGAACGGAGGCAGCGCACGAUCGCGCAAGUCGCCCGCGAGAAGCCACGACUCCUCCACAGCAAGUCUACCCCGAAUCUUAUACCCCCUGUAUCAUUACCCAUAGACGCACGCGUCCUACACCUGCGGAACCUCGCGCACAAGCUCAGGCUAUUCUUCCCGAAGGACGCGGCCGCGCUGCACGACAUACUCGACCCGGAGACGACGACGAGCGGGACCGAAGAAUCUGGCUUCGUCGAUACCCGGGGCCCCGAGCCGGGCUCUCAAGACACCCUCAUCCACGUCUUCAUUGACCACUCUAAUAUCCUCAUUGGAUUCCUAUCCUACCUGCGGCGGCACCUGCACCACUUCGCGCGCAGCCGCAGUAAACAUCUCUCGCACGCCGCGCUCGCGCUCAUCCUCGAGCGCGGGCGCCCCAUCACGCGGCGGGUCCUAGUGGCGUCGUCGCCACUCUAUCAGCCGGUCGACACCGCGGAACAGCUGGGCUACGAAGUCCGCGUGUACGCGCGCGUCCCGGACAUGGGCGACGGGGCUGACCGCCAGCACCAGAGUGAGACGCAGAGCCCCGGCCGCGGCCGUGGGCGCCGCUCUGGUGCGGCGCACGCGCGGAGCCACUCACAUAAGAGCUCGAUUGGCGGCGGUGGGACGUCGACCGAAUCAGAGCCGAACGGGAACGGGAAUAGCAACGGCAAUGGGGCAGGGGCGUCUGCACGCGUACGAUAUCGCGAGCAGGGCGUCGACGAGCUCCUACAGCUUAAAUUGCUUCAGGCCAUCGCAGAUGUUGACGAGGUCCCUCUCGGCGGCACUAUCGUGCUCGCGACCGGAGAUGGGAACGUCGGGCAGUUCAACGAGGAGGGGUUCCUCGGGUGCGUGCGGACGGCGCUGAAGAAGGGGUGGCGAGUGGAGCUGUACGCUUGGGAAGGCGGGCUGAGCAACGCGUGGAUGCGCGAGUUUGGAGAAGGCGCGUACAGCAGCAGAUUCGAGGUGUACACCUUGGACCGCUUUGCAGCGGACUUGUUGGAAGUGUAG